AAGCGGCUGCGCACCACAGAACAAAACAAAAUGCGGUACGUUCCACUUAUCCGACUCCGGAUUCCUCUUUUCAGUCUGCUGCUGGCGUUGCUGCUGUUUCCGAGCUGCAGUAUGGCCAGCCUGGUAAAGAGCGAUACGGAGGACUUUAUAGACUGGUGGCAGCACACAGUCUUCUAUCAGAUCUAUCCGAGAUCCUUCAAGGACAGCAAUGGCGAUGGCAUUGGCGAUCUACCGGGCAUCACAUCGAAGCUGCAAUAUCUCGCAGAGACGGGCAUCACAGCCACCUGGCUGAGUCCCAUUUUCCAGUCACCGAUGGUGGACUUUGGCUACGACAUAUCCGACUACAGGCAGAUACAGCCGGAAUACGGCAGCAUGGAGGACUUCGAUGCGCUGAUAGACAGGGCCUAUGAGCUGGGCAUCAAGAUAAUACUCGACUUGGUGCCCAAUCACAGUUCGGAUGAGCAUGAGUGGUUCAAGAAGUCGGCGGCCAAGGAGCCGGGCUACGAGGACUACUAUGUCUGGGUGGAUCCAAAGAUCGACGCGAACGGGGAGCGACAGCCGCCAAACAAUUGGCAAUCGGUGUUCUAUGGCUCGGCCUGGGAGUGGCACGAGAAACGGCAGCAGUACUACCUGCAUCAGUUCACCAAGGAGCAGCCGGAUCUCAAUUAUCGCAAUCCCGCUGUGGUCCAGGCCAUGGACGAUGUCAUUCUCUUUUGGUUGAACAAGGGCGUGGCCGGCUUCCGCAUCGAUGCGGUCAAUCAUAUGUUCGAGAAGGAGUCGCUGGACGAUGAGCCGCUCAGUGGCAAGACCAAUGAUUCGCAGUCGUAUGACUAUACCAGACACAUCUACACCAAGGAUCUGCCGGAGGUGCUCGACAUGGUGCAGCACUGGCGCCAGCUGCUCGAUGAUUUUAGCUCCAAAAAUCCCAACGGUCCCACUCGGAUCAUGAUGACGGAGGCGUAUGCGGAACUCACGACACUGGCGGACUACUACGAGGACCGGCAUGGGGUGCGGGGCUCGCAUCUGCCCUUCAACUUUCACUUCAUCACGGAUGUGACUGGCGACUCGGAUGCGCGUGACUUUGUCUACAAUGUGGAGAAGUGGCUGAUCUACAUGCCACGUGGGCACGCGGCCAACUGGGUCAUGGGCAACCAUGACAAUCCCCGUGUCGCCUCCCGUUUCGGCCCAUCCUCGGUGGAUGCCAUGAACAUGCUGCUGAUGACACUGCCCGGCGUUGCGGUCACCUACAAUGGCGAGGAGCUGGGCAUGCAGGACUAUCGCGAUAUUAGCUGGGAGGACACUGUGGAUCCGCCUGCACGAAAUGUGGGCGAGAAGCUCUAUAAGGACGUAUCCAGGGAUCCAGAGCGAACACCAUUCCAAUGGAAUAACGGCAGCAAUGGCGGUUUCUCCGAAGCUGCCAAAACCUGGCUGCCUGUGCAUCCCAAUUAUCUGGAACUGAAUUUGGCGGCACAGAAAGAAGCCCCCAAGAGUCACUACAAGGUCUAUAAAGCGCUCAUUGAGCUGCGGAAAUCAGCGAUAAUGCGACUGGGACGUUUCACCAUAGAGCCCAUCUCCCGCUGGGUGUUUGCCUCGAAGAGAUCGUUUGCCAAUUUUGAUUCGAUAAUUACCAUUGUGAAUGUGAGUGACAAGGAGCAGCUGGUCAAUCUCUCAGAGUUUCUUAAUCAGCCCAAGAAACUGGUUGUGGAAGUAGCUGGCGUGGCGUCCGCAUAUCAGCCCGGUCAAUUCCUGGCCGCAAGUGCCUUGUCCCUGGCUGCUCACGAGGGUCUCGUCUGCCGACUCGUCUAGGAGUCGACUCCGCCGCUGCCGCUGCUGCUGCUGUUCCUCUUUAAUUGCAUUUCCAGUUCAAAAUGUCACGCGAUUGAAUACAAAAUGUGUGGACAAUUAAUGACUUUACAGCGAGUUUCCAUUCGGGGCGGUCAGUACCAAAAAGGAAUUGAAUUCAAAGCUAAUGAAGGGCCGGGGACCCCAACCGGAACUAGUGGCCACACAUCGUCGCCGGUGGCCUGGCAUUUUGCCCAGGACUUUGCCAAUUUUGCUGCUCGCUUGACCAAUGUAAUUUUUCAUGUAUGUGGACAAAGAUGCAGAGCCAUGGCAGCCAGCAAAAAGAUUUAUGUAGCACAUUUCACUUCCCAUUUCCCACUUCCCAUUUCUCUUUGGGAUGCAAAAAGUUUUCUUUUUUUUGUUGUUGUUGUAAAUGUCGCUUAAUAACUGAAUUAAAUGUUUGUGAAUUGG